AUAUCUCUCCGUAUCAUGGCCCACGUGAGACACUUUCGGACAUUAGUUUCGGGAUUUUAUUUCUGGGAAGCAGCACUGUUACUCAGUUUGGUUGCAACAAAGGAAACAGAUAGUGCAAGAUCUAGAAGUGCUCCAAUGUCACCUUCUGACUUCCUGGAUAAAUUAAUGGGGAGGACAUCAGGAUAUGAUGCAAGAAUCAGACCCAAUUUUAAAGGUCCUCCAGUUAAUGUCACAUGCAACAUAUUCAUAAACAGCUUUGGCUCUAUUGCUGAGACAACCAUGGAUUACAGAGUGAAUAUCUUUCUUCGUCAGAAAUGGAACGAUCCUCGCCUUGCAUAUAGUGAAUAUCCUGAUGACUCUUUAGACCUAGACCCUUCCAUGUUGGAUUCCAUUUGGAAACCUGACCUGUUCUUUGCCAAUGAAAAGGGUGCCAACUUUCACGAAGUUACCACAGACAACAAACUGUUAAGAAUUUUCAAGAAUGGAAAUGUUCUUUAUUCAAUAAGAUUGACAUUAACACUUUCCUGUCCGAUGGAUCUCAAGAAUUUUCCGAUGGAUGUGCAAACAUGCAUAAUGCAACUGGAGAGUUUUGGAUACACAAUGAAUGACCUCAUUUUUGAAUGGCAAGAUGAGGCACCUGUACAAGUGGCAGAAGGACUCACUUUGCCCCAAUUUCUGUUGAAAGAAGAGAAAGAUUUACGAUACUGCACUAAACAUUACAACACAGGAAAGUUUACAUGCAUAGAAGUGCGAUUUCAUCUUGAACGACAAAUGGGAUACUAUCUGAUCCAGAUGUAUAUUCCCAGUCUCCUGAUUGUUAUUCUGUCAUGGGUUUCAUUCUGGAUCAAUAUGGAUGCUGCUCCAGCCAGGGUAGCUUUGGGAAUAACUACUGUGCUGACUAUGACCACACAGAGUUCAGGAUCCCGAGCUUCCUUACCAAAGGUAUCAUACGUCAAAGCUAUUGACAUUUGGAUGGCAGUAUGCCUCCUUUUUGUGUUUUCAGCACUUCUGGAAUAUGCAGCUGUAAAUUUUGUAUCAAGACAGCACAAAGAACUUCUGAGAUUUCGACGAAAGAGAAAGAAUAAGGAUGAUGAGGUCAGGGAAAGUCGAUUCAGCUUCUCAGCCUAUGGCAUGGGACCGUGUCUGCAAGCAAAGGACAGCGUGACCCCCAAGGCCCCAAACCGUCCUGCCCAGGUAAUGCCAGAAAGCCCCGAUGAAAUGAGGAAGAUCUUUGUCGACCGGGCCAAGAAGAUUGACACCAUCUCCCGAGCCUGCUUCCCAUUAGCCUUUUUGAUUUUUAAUAUUUUCUACUGGGUUAUCUAUAAAAUUCUUAGGCAUGAGGAUAUCCAUCAGCAAUGAGAUUAAGUCUCUGGGGUCAUGCAAGUGCAACCAGUCAAUUCAAAAGGAAGUGUCAUCACCAUAGGGUGUGUGUGUGUGUGUGUGUGUGUGUGUGUGUGUGUGUGUGGUGUAUAAUGAUGACCAUUGUAUUAAAAUGCAUAGAGGAAGGUAUUAUAAUUUGCUGUGCAAACUUAUAAGGCAAAUUAUGAUUCUUUUAAUGGAUACAAAAUAUAUAUUUAUGUAUUAUAGACAUUCUAUUUCAUAUUGAUUUAUUUGUUCUUUCAUAGUAAAUCACAUAAGUGGAAGUAUCACUGCCAAUGUGUUUGUAUAUUAUAUAAUGUCAAAUAAUAGCACAUGUGAAAACUACUUGGGAUUCCUUUAUUUUUAACUUAAUAAUAAUCUUAUAAAGUAAAAUUUGCACAAUGAACUUUAUACCAAGAGAAAAGGGAAAUGAUGAAGGUAAAUUAGAAGCUUGAGGCUUUAAAAUAUUUUCUUAUACUGUAGUUAGAGAUGGAAAAAUAAUAAGUUGAUUCAAUGGAAAACUUGUUUAGUAGUAAUAGAAAAUUAUACAUACAAAUACUACCAGACCAACUUAUGUAAUAACAAAAAAAUUCAAAUUAGAUGAUUAAAAUAAAGAACUUCUAUUAUUUAGAUAAUAGCUUUACUUGUUUAGAAUAUUACAUUUUGCUCUUUGGAAAUUUAAAACGAAUGGCACAAGAGAUCACAUUUUAUAAAUAUCUACUUUUUUUUAACUUCAUAUGUCUUUGAAUAAAUGUGAAAAUACUGAAAACAGCAUUUUGUGUUUAAAUAAGUGUUUUAGCUAUGUAUCUAUGUGUUUUUAAUUAUUGACAAACACUAAAAAACUCAAGCCCUUGUUUUGUUAGACUUUUAAUAGCUCCUUAUUUGUCUGCAUGUAAUUAUGUUUAAGGUUUUGAUAUAAUUGAAUACAGUUCAUUAAGAUUUUUAAAUUUUAACUCAGAAUGAGACUUUAAAAUUCAAUGGUAUUAUAGUAUUUACAUUUUGAUAAAAAUAAAUUUAAUGAAUAUAAAAUUGGAUUUAUGAGAGAUUUUUAAUAAUAAAUGUUUUCCCAUCAAAGUUAUAUGAUUUCAAACUCUUAGCUCAAAAUUUGAGAAAGGAAGGUUUUAACUCUAAAUUAUAAAAAUAAAUUAUUUCUAUAAAGUGAGGAUUGACAGUUUAUAUAAUUGUGAAUCAGUGAUUUUAAUAUAUAAGUCAUUCACUAGAUGUGAAUAAUUUUGAAUAAAAUUUUUACUUCAAAUUUAUCAACAACCCCAUGGAAUUAUUUCAACUACAAUGGGGCAUUAACUUAUUUUGUGCAGUGUAAUUAAGUACAACUAUGUAACAGAGUUCUUGGUUAAAACGAACCAGAUUCUGUUUAUUUUUCAGUUUUGCUCUUUUUGCAUUAUUUUUAUCAUUAAUGUAUUUUUAAAGAGCCCUGGAAUGCUUCUUAGAUAUGCAUGAUUAUUGAUCAGAUUCACUAAAUGGAAACUCAGUGUGCCAAAUUACUAACAGAGGAAGGUUUAAACAUUAAGAAAACGAUGAACUCAGAAUUCCGAGAGAGAAAUAAGCCAGUUUUGAACAAGGUGGCAAUCUUUUCUGACCUUUAACCAUUUCAAACUAAAAGUAAGAACUGCCAUUUAAAGCUAAAAAUUUCUCAAUGUUUUUGAACUCUGGUCUAUCCACUUCUAACUUUUAAAAAUAACUUUUAAAAACUAAUGUAUGUUCAACAAUUUUUUUGUAACUAAAAGGACAAAUUCCCCUUGUUUAUAAAAAUUUAAAACAAUAUUAGAAAAAAAAUCAUCAUCUUUGCCACUAAAUAUAAAUGCCACAACUGAAGGAAGUUAGUACUAUGUGCUUUAGUUAUUUUUGAGGACUGUGCACUUAAAAGUUAAACAUAUGCAGCUGACAAGGUGGCCGAGUGGUUAAGGCGAUAGACUGCUAAAAGUUAAACAUAUAUACUUCCUCAUUUGGUGUAGAUGAAAUAAAAGCACAGAAAUAUUUUCCUGUACUAAAGGUAGGUAAGAGCAAGAUACGUUGUUUGUAUUCUCUGAGGAUAAGCUAGGUAGCUUAAAGUAAUGAUAAACUACAUGGUCUUAAUAUGUCUCUGAAAUACUUGAAUGCAUUUUUCUAUACUUUACAUGUCUUAUUUCAAAAGUUCUCCAUCAUUGCUUAAGUUAAGUGAAUUCUGUCAGAAGCAAACAGAGAUAUAAUGAAUUUUAUGACCCAAAAAGAAAUUCAUGCGCAUUACUUAUGUUUAUAUUUGAGAAUAUUAAAAAUGUCUUUUCUAAACUUAAUAUAAAAAUACUAGCCAUGAGACAAAUUGUCAGCAGGGGUCUUGGGGUGAUAGGGAUCUAUUUAGAAAGUAUUAUCCUUUGCUUAGGUAUGUAAACUUAUCAUUGUCUUAUCACACUAGGAAAAUAUUAUGACAGCCUUCACUCAUGUGGCCACAGUGACAAGGCUGUAUCCAAAACUUUUAAAAGAAUGUGCCCCUUCUCAUGAACAUGUAUAGAUCUUUUCAAACUAGAAAAGCACAUUAUAAUUAGCAUCCUGAGGUAGUAGGUGCCUGAACAAUUCUUGUGUCAAACCCUAAUAUUUCAAAUUGAGCCAAUGAGAAAACUAUUAAUAUUCUGAAAAUAAAAUGUGUGCAUAUACACUAAUUACCCACACAUAAGUUGCAGUUCUAAUAUGGAUAUUCUGAAAUAUUUUUAUCUUUUCUUAAAUAUAUUUUUAUUUGUUUCAGAGAGGAAGGGAGAG